ACUGCGAACUCUUCAGAGAAAGUUGCCAUUGAGUUACUAAUUAUUUAUCCACACCAUGCCAGUUAAUUUCCUUACAUCAGUCUUCUUUGAAGGUCCUCAAGUGAUUCCAUACUGGGAGCAAAUAAAGGAAUAUGGCCCUACUGUUAUCCCCAUAGGUGUCUCAUUAGCGGCCCUUAAAUAUUACUUCCGUGGUUCCACAAAUACCUGGGAACGAGAUAUGCACGGGAAAGUAUUCAUCGUCACCGGUGGUACCUCGGGAUUAGGUCAACAAAUAAUAUAUGAACUAGGAACGCGUGGUGCCCAAUUGAUUCUUCUUACUCGAAGAACCAAUGAUGCCUGGCUUGCAGAAUAUAUUGAAGAUAUGCGUGACAGAUGUAACAAUCCAUUGAUAUUCGCCGAAGAAUGUGAUUUGGCUAGUUUAUACAGCGUAAGAAAAUUUGCCACCUCAUGGUUAGAUAAUACUCCUCCAAGACGAUUAGACGGAGUCAUUUGUUGUGCUGCCGAAUGCAUACCUCGAGGUAAACCUAGACAAAUCACCACUGAUGGGGUUGAACGUCAAAUCGGGGUGAAUUAUCUCGGACAUUAUCAGUUACUUACACUUAUUGCACCUUCACUUAGAGUUCAGCCUCCUGACCGUGAUGUCCGUGUUGUCAUUGCCACUUGUUCAUCUCAAAAUUUAGGUGAUGUUGAUGAACAAGAUCUUUUAUGGGAUAAGAAGCGAUAUCCUUCAACACAACCUUGGAAAGUAUAUGGAACAUCUAAACUUCUUCUUGGACUAUUUGCUCGCGAAUUCCAAUCGCAAUUAAUGACAUACGAACGUAAAGAUCUUACUCCAUGUAAUGUCAGAGUUAAUUUGGUCAACCCGGGUCUUUUAAGAUCUCCAUCCAUGAGAAGAACCCUUUCAAUGGGAACUGUAUGGGGGUUGAUAUUAUAUCUUUUGAUGUACCCUAUCUGGUGGCUUUGUUUGAAAAGCUUGAAUCAAGGGGCCCAGAGUUUCUACUUUGCCUUGUUUGCACCUAUGUUAAUGAAAAUUGAUGGUGGUGUGCUGAUUCAAGAAUGUAAGAUUAAUACAAAAGUACGUAAGGAAUACAGUGACGAAGAGUUAUGCAAGCGCGUAUUUGAACAGACUGAGAAGUUGAUUAAAGAGUUGGAAACAAGAAGUGCAAUUGAAAGAAAGAAAAAUACGACAAAAGAAGAACAAGAGAAGGAAGGGAAAAAGAAGAGAGAUUUAGCGGUUAAACCAACCACUACUGACGAAUUGCAACUGAAGUUGGAUGUAUUAAGAAGUCUGAUCGGUAAGGAGUUGCCAUUAUUUCCUGAUGAACUGGCUCUCAAGGCAAGUGGAGUUACAAAGAGUAAUGUAAAGAAAAGAGGCGGAUCAAAAAAGGCGUAGUUUUUCUAUACAUUAACCAGGUAAUAAAUAAAAGGCUCAUAUAAUGUUUGA